AUGGCUAGCCCCGCGCCCUUAGUGGCCUCCAUCAGCCACCAAAUGGUGGCUCUGCACACCCUGCAGCUUCUGCAGCAGGAGUGGGGCUGGGGGGAUGGUCCGGGCGCCCCCGGGAGCCCACGCGACCUGGACCACGUGUCCGCCGCCCCAGAGCGUCGCUCAGACCCACGGCUGGCCCGUGCCGGGCAGGGGCGUGGGGAGGAAGGCGGGGGCAAGGGGGCCAGGAACGUGGGGUCCGGGGCGCGGGCGAGCUCCCCCGAGGUGGAAGUGGUGCGAGGCGCCGAGGGGGGCGCGGAACUGCUGCCCUUACCCCGGGGUCGCGGGCCCUGCACCCUGGCCCAGAUGGCGAUGCGCAGCGCGCUGGCCCGCGUGGUGGACUCGACCUCGGAGCUGGUCAGCGUGGAGCAGACGCUGCUGGGCCCCCUCCAGCAGGAGCGGUCCAUCCCCAUCCACCUGAAGGACAGUGUUGAGUUUAGAAACAUCUGCAGUCAUUUGGCUCUGCAGAUUGAAGGACAGCAGUUUGACAGAGAUUUGAGUGCUGCUCACCAGUGUUUGAAGAUGAUAGUCAAGAAGCUGAUCCAGUCUCUUGCUAAUCUUCCUUCGGAUGCCCACAUGGUAGCCUGUGCUUCCUUGAGACAGAUCUUACAGAAUCUCCCAGACAUAUGAGUGUUCAAGACACUGGAAUUAAAACCACAGCGAGCACUGCUAAGAGAACUGGCUACCUUAAAUUCCUAAGUGGAUCAGCAGACAAUGGAUGUUUUUAUUCCCAGGAAGGAGAGACUUGGUAGCAUAUAUAGCAGUCUGACCAGUGGCAUCUGUAACCCUUGGGAAUUAUAGCAUGUUCGUGAAAAAUUUUUAAAGCAGUAGUUCACAUUUUUAAGUGUCUUGACAUAUUUGCUGACUUUUUGAUUGAAAUAUAUUCCACUUUGUGGAACUGACUGGGUUA